UAUUCUAAAUAGUCAAAAUAUUUUUUCUGUGUUUUGUCAAAAGCAUAACUUGUCCACUGUCAUUUUGUUGCCCAAAGAAACCGUGAGCAGUUUCCGGCAGCUCCCAGGAGCCCCUGCCCCGCUGCCCAUGGCCGGCCCUGCUCUGGAGCCCGGUUUCCCAGGCGGGGUGCGCUCCCUGCUCCGUGGGCUGGAGCUGACAGCUCUGGCAGCGCAACUUCUCCUUUCAGAGCCACUCGGGGCUCGCCCUGCGCAGCCGGGAAACCAAAAUGCCGGCGGGAUCUGCUUGGUGCCAGCCUGCUCUGCUCUUACUUCUCUCCUGCGUGCCCCUGUGGGCCGCUGGGGUUUCCUGCAGGAAUGAAGAUGGGGAGACGGUGGAUUGGUUUGCUCUUUACAAGCUGCCAAAGCAUGCCAAAGGACAGAUUCCCCUGCUGGGACUGGAAUACCUGUACAUGGAUGCCCUGACUCCACAGUGGCAGCUUGGUAAAUACCUCAUCAACAUGAGCCAGGGUGCUCUGGGACAAACACUGCAGCAGCUCUAUGAGACAUAUGAAUCCAAGAGGAACACCACUGCAUAUGCAAUAUACAAUGAUGAGAUCCCUGAAUCAGACUCCAAAGGGUCGAAAUGUGGACACACCAAAGGAUUUCUGCUCUUGGAUAAAUCACAAGGCUUCUGGGUGAUUCACAGUGUGCCUCUGUUCCCUCCCAACCCUGAGGAUGGGUAUGGAUAUCCAUCUAGUGGCGAGUCCUUCGGACAGACAGCCAUCUGUAUAACCUUCAAAUAUGAUCAGUUCACGGAAAUAGACCAACAGAUGCUGAGUUAUAAUCCAGGAAUCUACAGCUGUUCCAUCCCUGACAUCUUCCAAGCUGAUCUCCCAAAUCUCCAGAAACUCUGUGCAAAAUCCAGGCUGCCCUCGCCCCCCUUGCACCACCUCUCCAAGCUCCAGUCAGCUCAGGGGGAAAACUUUCUCCACUUUGCAAAGUCACACUUGUUCAUAGAUGAUAUCUAUGUGGCCUGGAUGGCUCAGGAACUGAAGACUGAUUUGUUGGCUGAAUCCUGGCAGCGUUCUGGUGAAAAGCUUUACUCGAAUUGCUCUCUUGACUACCACGUCUACAACGUAAACAUAAUAGGGAUGCCAUUGAACUCCACCUUCCAUUCCAUUAAUGACCAUUCCAAAUGGGCUGUUUCAAGGAAAUACAAAGAUCAGUGGACAUGCAUUGGGGACUUGAACCGUGCUGCUGAGCAAGCUUGGAGAAGUGGUGGGUUCAUCUGUACCCAGAACGAACAGAUCUACAAAGCCUUCAGGCAUUUGAUAAUCCACUAUGAAAGCUGCACUUCUGCUCCCAGAGAGCUGUAACAAACCAUUCCUCCCAACCAGCACAGCCCUUGUUACAUGGGAAGUGUAGGAAAUCUCUCUCUCCCUGAACUGUAUUUUCACUCUGAAAAGCAGCCCUGUGAGUUUCCAGAUGUGCUGGGCCAUCGCCUUGUUAGCUGUAGGAGCAGGUGAAGGGCAGCUGCUUUCCUGUGGUGUGGGGCCCUCAGGGGGUGUGUGCUGGGCCCUGCUCUGCUCUCUGCCUCCUGUCACCAUCCUGGAUGGCAUGGCAUGGCAUGGCAUGGCAUGGCAUGGCAUGGCAUGGCAUGGCAUGGCAUGGCAUGGCAUGGCAUGGCAUGGCAUGGGAGGGACACUGCUGCAUGGGGCUGCACCAAAGCACAUCUCUGUGCACACCCUGCAGGGGCAUCCCUGGACACCUUGGGAGUGGGGCUGGACCUGGGAUGGGAGGGACAGCAGAAACCUCUCUCUUGAACUGGGCUGUCAGCACUGGCAGGUAGCAAGGGAUAAGUACCCCUAAGUACUUCAGAAUUGCCCUGGAUUUCUGGCAUUGUUGAGAUAAAUCAUAGCAUUUCUGCUCAGCUUGGGCUGAAUCUUUAAAAGAGCUGAGAAAAUUAGAUCCAGACAGGGAGAUGAAUAGAUCUGAGGACGGGAAGGCCUCAUUUUUACAUGAUUCAUUUUUAGAGAAUUAAUGAACUUUAAAUCAUCUUUAAAUUAUCUGUAACCAAUAGCUUGGAAAUGUUUCUAGUGCUUCUAUUCAUAU